AUGAUUACUUUCUUUCUCCCCGUCCUUGUAGGACUCCCCUCUGUCCUCGCCACAUCUGGAGGACAUUGUCCACCAACAGGUCCAGUCCUCCCACAGCCGGCAAUCCCCUCGAACAUUGACCUUUUCAAACUAAACUCUCAAUUCGAAAGAAUUGUGCACAAUGCAUCCGAGUCGUUCAACACUACUGAAAACUCCUUCUCUGUGUUGCUCACAACCAAGAAUGGCACCCUGUACCAGUACCACCAUUCUGCUCCAGUGCGGGACCCAGCUGGUGUUAAGAAAGUAGAUGGGGACAGCGUGUAUCGAGUGUGCAGUGUGACUAAAGUCUUUAAUGUCUUGACGCUGCUUUUGAAUGCGGGUAAGCUGUUGGAUACGCCUGUUACGGCGUAUGUGCCCGAGUUGGAGGGCAAUAGGGUGUAUGAGGACGUGACGCUGCGGAUGUUGACUAGUCAAAUAUCUGGGGUUCCGAGAAGAGGAUAUGCGUUCGACAGAGCUACCACCAACCCAAAGACCUGGGAGGACGGUGGCUUUCCAGUCCCGGAUAAGAAGGACUUGCCGCCUUGUGAUAUCAUCGGCGGAGAUGUCUGCAGUCGUGCUCAAUUCUUUGAGAAUCUCAAAAGAAAUCAGUUGAUGUGGCUUCCCGGUGAUAAAGUUGCCUAUUCCGACCAGGCGUACAUCCUCCUCGGAAUGGUUAUGCAGAAUAUCACAGGAAAGCCAUUCUCUCAGCUUCUCCAUGACAGUAUUACGAAGCCACUCGACAUGCCAAUCACGGGAUUCACUCAACCCAAUCACUCGAAGGCUGUGAUUUCCCUCGGAGCAGGACGAGUCCUCUGGGACCAAAGCAUCGGAAACUUUAAUGCAACUGCCGGCUUAUUCUCUACUCCAAACGAGCUUGGGACAUUUGUCCGUGCCAUUAUGAACCACAAGCUCUUGUCUGCCGCAAAAACAAGACAGUGGAUGCACUCUGCUGAAUUUGCCGGCUCAUUUUCCAUGUUUGUAGGCGCACCGUGGGAAAUCAUGCGCAUUUCUAACCUCACGCCGGAUAAUCGCCCCAUCGACAUCUACACCAAGUCAGGUAGCAUGCCUGGAUGGGGUGCCUACAUCUUCAUUCUCCCCGAUUACGAUGUUGGCGGUGUGAUUGCCGUUUCUGGCGAUGCCGCGGACCCAGCUAGUCUGAAGUUGUUGGAUAUGAUUACCACUACUGUCGUUCCUAUCGUGGAUGGUCUUGCUAGACAGCAGGCAAGGAAGACAUACGGAGGUCAAUACGUCGCAAAGUGCGGUGACAACGCAUGCAAGAAUGAGAAAGCCGCUAGUCUGGAGCUGGUUGUUGACAAUGGUCCAGGGUUGAAGAUAAAGUCGUGGGUGAACAAUGGCAAGUCAAUUGUCAAGACACUCGCCAGUUCCAAGGGUGUGAAGCCGGAAGAAGUUGAUCUUCGAUUGUACCCGGUUGGUGAAGAUGACAGGUGGAGGUUGGGCAUUGAGACGUUGCUGCGCAAGCCUGAUGUUGCGAGGAAGCCGAGCGACGUGUGUAUGAAUUGGUUCCAGGUUGAUUCGAUGCGCUGGGCGACGCUGCCGAUUGAUGAGUUUGACUUUGAGAUUAAGGGUGGGCGGGUUGCUGCGUGCUCGUCGCCUAGCGGCUCGUGCUCACAUUGCAGCCUCGCUUUCGGUUGGAAGCUCCUUGGAACUGCCGUUUUCUCUCUUGUCAUCCGAAUCACUUCCUCGCCAUCCACCAUCCAAAACCGACUCGUAGAGGUGGCUUUAGCAGCUGGAACGAAGGGCUUGACCUGCUUCGCUGCUAGAGUGUGCGAUUCUCACGACCACGACGCUCGCGACACGCCGACCUUGGUUCUUACUCGCCGAACCCGCAAGGAGUGCUUCGGGAUCAGCGAUAACGAUCGCAAAGGGGACAUCGUUGUCGAGGUCUAUCUUGCGGGAGCUGCGGUGCUCAAUUCUGGGCGGUUGGAAUCUAGGAGAAGCUCGUUGACCCUCGGGUCUUUGGUCUACAUUGCCUGUACCUUGCCGAAGAAGGACCUGUUCGUCCGCAGCUGGCUUAUUGGGAAGAUUGAAAGCACCGAGACUAUAAGGCAGGAGCUUGUCUUCUGA